AUGCCAACAGGAAGUCACUGGACAGCAAACUCUUCCAAGAUCAUAACUUGGCUGUUGGAGCAACCUGGAAAAGAAGAAGAAAGAAAAACGAUGGCAAAAGUAAAUAGAGCUCGGUCUACCUCCCCUCCAGAUGGAGGCUGGGGCUGGAUGAUUGUGGCUGGCUGUUUCCUUGUUACCAUCUGUACCCGGGCAGUCACAAGAUGUAUCUCAAUUUUUUUUGUGGAGUUCCAGACAUACUUCACUCAGGAUUACGCACAAACGGCAUGGAUCCAUUCCAUUGUAGAUUGUGUAACCAUGCUCUGUGCUCCACUUGGGAGUGUUGUCAGUAACCAUUUAUCCUGUCAAGUGGGAAUCAUGCUGGGUGGCUUGCUUGCAUCUACCGGACUCAUCCUGAGCUCAUUUGCCACGAGUCUGAAACAUCUCUACCUCACUCUGGGAGUUCUUACAGGUCUGGGAUUUGCACUUUGUUACUCUCCAGCUAUUGCCAUGGUUGGCAAGUACUUCAGCAGACGGAAAGCCCUUGCUUACGGUAUUGCCAUGUCAGGAAGUGGCAUUGGCACCUUCAUCCUGGCUCCUGUGGUUCAGCUCCUUAUUGAACAGUUUUCCUGGCGGGGAGCCUUACUCAUUCUUGGGGGCUUUGUCUUGAAUCUCUGUGUUUGUGGUGCCUUGAUGAGGCCAAUUACUCUUAAAGAGGAUCACACAACUCCAGAGCAGAACCAUGUCUGUAGAACUCAGAAAGAAGACUUUAAGCGGGUGUCUCCCUAUUCAUCUUUGACCAAAGAAUGGGCACAGACUUGCCUCUGUUGCUGUUUGCAGCAAGAGUACAGUUUUUUACUGAUGUCAGACUUUGUUGUGUUAGCCAUCUCCGUUCUGUUUAUGGCUUAUGGCUGCAGCCCUCUCUUUGUGUACUUGGUGCCUUAUGCUUUGAGUGUUGGAGUGAGUCAUCAGCAAGCUGCUUUUCUUAUGUCCAUACUUGGAGUGAUUGACAUUAUUGGCAAUAUUACAUUUGGAUGGCUGACCGACAGAAGGUGUCUGAAGAAUUACCAGUACGUUUGCUACCUCUUUGCUGUGGGAAUGGAUGGACUCUGCUAUCUCUGCCUUCCAAUGCUUCAAAGUCUCCCUCUGCUCGUGCCUUUCUCUUGUACCUUUGGCUACUUUGAUGGUGCCUACGUGACUUUGAUCCCAGUAGUGACCACAGAGAUAGUGGGGACCACCUCUUUGUCAUCAGCGCUUGGUGUGGUAUAUUUCCUUCACGCAGUGCCAUACUUGGUGAGCCCACCCAUCGCAGGAUGGCUGGUAGAUACCACUGGCAGCUACACUGCAGCAUUCCUCCUCUGUGGAUUUUCAAUGAUAUUUAGUUCUGUUUUGCUUGGCUUUGGUAGACUUGUAAAGAGAAUGAGAAAAACCCAGAUGCAGUUCAUUGCCAAAGAAUCCGAUCCCAAGCUGCAGCUAUGGACCAAUGGAUCAGUGGCUUAUUCUGUGGAGAGAGAAUUAGAUCAGAAACAUGGGGAGCCUGUGGCUACAGCAGUGCCUGGCUACAGCCUCACAUGACCAAUGGCCUUGAGCCCCAGAAUCUUCAGAUUUGAGAGAGGUGUGGGGCCAGCAG